GGCGGCGGCGAGGAUUCGCGGCGAGGCAUCUGGUGGAGAUGCUCUUGCGCCGUGAGAUCUUCCAAGUCAGGAUCGCCGAUUUAGCUCCGGCCAUAAAGCUCGAGCCUCAUGAAGAGGCCGGAGUUCUCGGCGAAGCCUUGAGAUCCGGUCGGGUUCAGUAUGUCACCGUCGAUCUCCGCGACAAAGCUCAAGUGUUCAGAGCUUGCGAGGGAGCAGAAGUUGUGUUUCACAUGGCGGCUCCAGAUUCGUCAGUCAACAAGCACCAGCUUCAGUACUCUGUUAAUGUGCAAGGGACGAAGAAUGUAAUCGAUACUUGCGUUGAGCUCGGAGUAAAGAGGCUUAUCUAUACGAGCUCUCCGAGCGUUGUGUUUGAUGGGGUCCAUGAAAUUUUGAAUGCCAAUGAAUCAGUGCCGUAUCCGUCUAAGCAUAAUGAUUCAUAUUCAGCAACUAAAGCUGAAGGAGAGGCGCUGGUGCUGAAGUCCAAUGGCAGUAAUGGACUUCUCACGUGUUGCAUACGUCCUAGCACGAUAUUUGGUCCUGGUGAUAGAUUAAUGGUUCCAUCACUCGUUUCUGCUGCCAAGGCUGGAAAAUCCAAGUUCAUUAUUGGCGAUGGGAACAAUCUUUACGAUGUCACUUAUGUUGAAAACGUUGCACAUGCCCAUGUCUGUGCUGAACGAGCUCUAGCUUCGGGAGGGGAAGUUUCUGAGAAAGCUGCUGGCCAGGCAUAUUUCAUUACCAACAUGGAGCCUAUUAAAUUUUGGGAGUUUAUGUCACAGAUUCUUGAAGGACUUGGUUAUGAGAGGCCGAGAAUAAAGAUCCCUGCAUUUUUCAUAGUGCCGAUAGCACGUCUGGUAGAACUGACAUAUAAGUUGUUCGGCCCACUCGGGAUGAAAGUACCGCAACUAACACCCUCGAGAGUUAGGCUGCUCUCUCUCACCAGAACAUUCGAUUGCUCGAAGGCUAAGGAUAGACUUGGCUACACACCUAUUGUGCCACUUCAGGAAAGUAUCAAGAGGACGAUAGGCUCGUUCUCACAUUUGAAAGCCGAGAAUCAUCUCAACCGAGAAGCCUCUUCAGUGUCAGUGACCUCACCAUUGAUCUUCUUUCUCACGGCGGUACUGCUGUUGUUACUCUCGAAUUUUGCGGGAGCUCUGUCACUUCCUGGCCUAAUCUUUAUAGGAGUUCCCAUUGCCUUGAUUGCAUCUGUCCUGUACGCGAAGAAGGGGAAAGCAAUUGGCUCCAUGUUAUGUGAAGGGAAAUCGAAUAAGAAAGACGUCGACUAGGAACAAAACGUUCACUGCCAAUUGCAGAAAAAAAAGGGUAAGAGACAGAGAACUGUGAUGCUCCUUUCUUUUUUCUUCACUAAACCUUUUCAUGUUUGAUAUUAGUAGAAGAUGGGUUUCUCACUU